AACUCUCAAAAACGGUGUCGUUGUUAAAACUCGCAAAUACAAAAACUAAAAACUUUAAAAAUAAACAAAUUAAAAACUGUUAUAAAUUAGAAACAAUUGAAACAAAAUAGAUUGUGUUGGAAAAAUCAAAUAAAUUAUUAAAAAUGUUCAAGUUAAACGAAAUGUUCAAGAUAAUGCAAAUGUUAGAACUGGUGCUAGUGAAUAAACAAUUUAGUGGUACCACGGAAUACGGUUGAUAAAUGUAUAUAAUUUAGUGGUCCCACUCUUGUUUGAAAGAAUGUGAAUAAAAAAGAAGUAAGAAAAUGUCAGAAAUAAGAAAAUUACUGGAGUAACUCUACUAGCUGACACCAGGUGUCGCUGAAAUUGUAAACAGUACAACCCUGUGGAGCUGCCGUACAAUGAUGACAAUGAGUGUUGUUGAUUGUGUGUGCGUACAAAACCCAUAUCGAAAUGUUAGUAGUAGAGCCACACGCCAUAUUUAAUUUCUAAAGUCAAAGAAAGCCAUUUUUCAUUAAAAAAAUAUCUAUGCAAUAUUUAUGUGAAAUUUUUACAACCCAAAAAAAUGUUAAAAGUGCAUUAAAUAGUGUUAAAUAAAAGAGUGAUAUUCGAAUAACGAAUUAAAAAUAUUACAAAAAGUUUUGCAUAAAAAGUGUUGCCACCAGUCAGUAUGGCCCAAUAUUACCAAAUACAAAAUCUUGAUGACCUAAAACAAAUCUACGCUGAUGUCCAAGUGGUUCAUGUGGCCAGUGAUGAUGUUGGUGUCAGUAACCCAAAUAGAGCUCAGCAAAUUGUUCUAGAUGAAACCCAACAAAUUCUUCUACAAAAUGAUGGUCCUCAACAAGUUGUCUAUCAAACACAAGGAACGCCUACGCAAUACCAACCGCCUCAAGCGGGAACUCAUUACACCAUUUUGGGCGAAGAUAUGAAUCAACCUCAAGCCCAGACUGUACAACAUCAACAAGUGCAACAAGUCCAGCAACAGCAAGCUCAAACUCAACAACAACAUCAACAAGCUCCUCAACAACAACAGCAACAACAAGUAUUGAUGCAUCAACAGCAUCAUCAAGUAUUAGACCCUCAACAGCAGCAACAACAGCAACAUCAAUUGCAAGCUGCAUAUCAGAUGCCACAAGAAACGCUACAGCAGCCGCAACAUAUGCAACCACAAGAUCAUCAAAUGCAACAGCAUGUUCAAGCACAGCCACAGCAAAUCUACUAUACAACAGAUCAGUUGGUGCAUCAACAACAACAGCAACAACAGAAGAAAGUAUAUAUACAACAACAGCCUCAGCAAUUGCAGCAACAGUAUCAACCACACCCUCAGCAUCAACAGCAAAUGAUUCAUCAAGCACCACCGCCGCCUCAGGCCCAACAACAAACUCAGCAACAUAUUUUACAAAGUCCCCAACAUCAUCCGCAACAGGUGCAGGUGCAACAUCAAGUAUCACCAAGCCAUCAGCAACAAACCCAACAACAAGCCCAAAUUAUUUAUAGAAUGCAGCCGCAACAAACGCAGCAAUUACAACAGCUAAUAGUUCAACAGCCUUCGGGACAACAGGUGUUAAUCCAACAGCCCCAACAACAAGAACUAAUAAUGAGGCAAUCAAUGCCUCCGCAGCGCAUCAUCUAUAAUAAUCGUGUUCUAUACUCGACCCAACAACAGUCGCCCCAACAGCAGCAACACACGGUGAUGGGACAAUCGCCACAAACACAUCAGCAACAACACAUAUUGCAGACGACACACACCACGAUGCAGCAGCAUCACAAUCCAACUCAUUUAGUGCAGCAAGCACGUGUUGUUCCCUCCCAACAUCAACAGCAACAGACUCAACAACAAACGCCUCCACCCCCACCUCAGCAACAAAUGCAACAAAAUGUUGUUUAUCAACAAAUUCAAGUUCAAAACAACCAAAUGCCUAAGACAUUGAUGCAACAGCAGCAGCCAACUCAAAAUUCUCCACAGCAUCAACAACACAUACAGUUGCAACAACAACAACAGCAGCAACAAACGCAAAUGGUGACACAAGCACCGAAUCCAAAUGGUACAACAAUCAUACGCGCUGGUGUAGCUAGAGGAGGUAAGAUUGGACGAGGAGCGAUGAGUGGCACAUUAAUAGCACGAAUGCCCGGUAUGGCGGGAGUUGCUAGAGCAGAAAUAAGACCGGGUUUUAAUGCUGCCGGCGCUAUUGGCGGUGGAGGAGGUCAAAUAUUACGAACUCCUCGGCCUCGUUGCAGCACUACGGCUGGUUCAACAUCAAGGGGUCGAGGAAGAGGAGCUCGCGGUGCAGCUGCAAAUGUAACAGCUGGAAGGGGUUCUCCCAUUUUGGGCAAUAACCAACAGCUGGGAACACUACAGCAAGGAAAAAUAGUUACCCAAUCCCUUCCGAACCAGGGCAUUCGACAAGUUUACAGAACACAAGUUAAUGAUCCAAAUCUCACAGUUCAACAGCAACAACACCAGCAGGUCCACUUAGUGCAAGCUCAACCCCGAAUGCCGGGCGUGGCAAGUCGGUUUCGAUCUCCCGCCAUAGGAACACAGCAGCAACAGCAUCAACAGAGUCCAUCAGAGAGUGGUCAACAGGCACCAUCAUCAUCUAGCUCAGGCGCAGCAGGUGCUGGAGGAGGAGGUGCUGGUUUGGGAGAUCUUGACUUGGAAGAUAGUAUUCAAGCGGUAUUUGUGAAAAAAGAUGCUCAGCAACCAAAAGUGGCUGGUGCUCCAAAUCAAAGUCCAACAACAGUGCUUAGCAGCGGCAAUUCAACACCAGUUAGUGGCACUACACUAACAACAUACUAUACCGCCAAAGAUGAUGACGAAAAUCGUAUGAUUCGAACUCAAAAUGGCACAUGCAUGUCAUUGGCUGAAUUUAAGAAACGUAAUGCCAACGCUAGUGGCAAUCAAAUAAUACAAAAUGCCGCUGCAGCUGGCAGUAUCAAACCUUUACAACAAACGGCAGGCGGGGCAAAAAUUUCUUUACCAGCAGCUGGCCAAUCUCUACACAGCGUACCAGUCGCCCGUGUUGCCCCACAGAAGCAUAUAGUGAGUAAGGAACAAGGUGGCGCUGGUGGUGUGGCAACAAGUGUAGCUGGAGGAGCUAAUGCAACAAGCAGCUCUGUUACAAAUCAGCAGAUUCCUAGCGGACCUCCAGCUGGUUCUUCCGUGUACCAAACAUCGCAUAAUAACUAUGAAAUACAGACACAGCACGUGCUACAAAAUCGCGCCGGUCAACAAAUGGCUGAAAAGGAUCGCAACAGCGCAAAAAUGUUGGUUAUUUUGGUAUCUGGCGAGCAACGAUUGAUUACAUUUACUCUGCCUAGAGAAUCGUGUACCGUACAGGAUCUUUUGGAACAGGUGGGAGUGCCGUUCGAUAAUAGCACUACUAUACAAUGUGUGGAGAAUCCAGGAGCUAAUAUAGAUUUUGUAGUAACUGUUGGAUUUUCUGUACAAGAAUCUGCCAGUGAAUUGAUAUCGAGAGCAGAACAAAGUCUACAAAUAAGUAGACAACAAGAAAGUAUGCAACAAAAUGCAGCGGCUGCUGUAACAGGUUCUCAAGCUGCUGCUGCUACUGCAGGAACAAAUACUACCGAAGGUAAUGCGCAGAAUAAUUCAGCAGCAACGACAGCAGCUACUGUGGCGGCGACGGCACCCAAUAUUGCACAAACCACCGAAAAUUCCAUGAAGGAACCAAACAACUCAAAACAGGCAACAACUGCCAAUGCAGCAACUACUUCAGCGGCUUCAAGUACUUCUAAAGCCACCGAAGAAUUGCCUCAGCGUAAACUUAUUCAAGGCUUCUACGCCAUUUGUCAGAGUUGUGGCUUUAGCGGUUAUGAUCAUGCCAAAUGCGAACGCUGUAAACGUGUUUUUAUGGAACCUCCUAAAAAGAUUCCUAUUAAACAAGCUACUGCAUCGCCGUCGUUAGGAAGCAAUUUUGCUAAUUCAAAUAAUUCGGGCUCUGCCGACUCACCAACUCCGUCGUCAACGGCACCGCCUAUUGAAAAGAAACGCCAUUCGGAAACUGCGGCCCAAAGAGGAAAAUCAUCUUUGACUUACAAUCCCAAUGCACCGGCACCACCCACACGUGGUCGGGGAGGUUCUCAAUCGGCAAGAGGACGUGGUUCACGUUCGGGUCGCCGAGCAGCAGAAAUUGAACCAGUUAUUUUAACACUUAGCAGUGACGAAGAGGAUGACGAAUCUUCAAAUAAAGGAAAUUCCAAUAUGGCAGCUUUAGCUAAACCUUCAAAUACAUCUUCCAGUGCAUCAUUGGCAUCAUAUAAACCAUUCUCAUUUGAACCAAAUAUGCCAGACCCUGAUGAAACAGCAUUAUACAAUGAUUUUACUCGUGGGGACGUUACUGAUCUUACAAAUUGUGCCGAUAAGAUGAGCUGCAGCCUGGCAUGCAAAUUAAUACGAUUUGGAACUUAUCGUUUUGAACCCUCGGAACAGGUGAUAAUUACUUCACUGGGUAUACGUAUUGUAGCACCUUUGGAAACGAAUCCAAGUGAAAUGUUUGCCUUAAAUAUUUACAAACAUGAGGUUGUCAAGAUUAUUGCACACUUUUCCAAAAGCUCCUCGGCCAAUUCCAUGCUGUGCUUCUACACUUUACGUAAUUGUGCCCAGUACAUACAGAAAUCGUUAAAUAUGACAGAAGUUGCUAAACAUUUGGACGGUGUUACUUAUUUUUCUGCUAAUGGUCCUUAUCAAAUACGUAAAAUAAUUUUACAAUUUGAUAUCAUAUCAGAGCAAGCCAAAAGUGUUAUACGUUCUAUAUGGGACUUUCUUGAUGAAAUUUCUGAAACGGAUGCACAAGACUUGCUGCAAAGAGCUGCUGAUUCAGACAAAAAAUUGGCUAACAAUAAAAACAAUAGUGAAAACAUUCCCACAACAACACAAUUGCAACCAAAUGAAAUACGACAACUUCUAAUAUAUCCUCCAGGAAAAGGCGGCAUAUCAAUAAACACUGAAGAUUACAUGUGUCUGGCGACGGAUCAAUAUUUGAACGACAUUAUUAUUGAUUUCUAUUUGAAAUGGGUUCACGAUAAUGUAAUCCCUGAGGCUCAAAAGGAACGUACUCACAUUUUCAGUACAUUUUUCUAUAAACGUUUAACCACUUUAACACGUCAUACGCAUCAUGAUAAGGAUGGGGGUAAAUUGACACCGGCCCAAAAGCGUCAUGCACGCGUACAAAACUGGACGAAAAAUGUAAAUCUUUUCGAAAAAGAUUUUAUUGUUAUACCCAUCAAUGAACAGUCGCAUUGGUUUUUGGCCAUCAUAUGUUUCCCUCGUCUUAAAGGUCCGGUUACCUUUGAUACAAAUACUCCUGUAGAAUUGCAACCCAUUAAGAAAAACAAAGGCAAAAAGGUGUCCUUGCAAAUUGGUAAUACAACGAUCACACCCUUAUCGAAACGUGAUAGUGCCAGUGUCCUAAGUGAGAUUUGCGGUGUUGGUGACGACGACAGUGAGCGGGACGAAGCUGAAGGUGAUGAUAGUGAUUUGGCAUCGGAGGACAGUGAUUUUGACAAUACAUCAUCGUCCACUACUUUAAAUAGUUCCCAACCGGCUACUCCAUUAAUACCGGGUACCGCAACUACAUCGACCCACCAACCCAUUAAACAGCCACUUAUAUUAAUAUUCGAUUCGUUGGCGGGUGCAUCUCGCAGUCGUGUUGUUGCCACUCUACGUGACUAUCUUACGUGUGAAUACAAAAUAAAAAUGACCGGCGCUCCGUUGCAUACCUUUAACAAGGACAAUAUGCCGGGACAUUGCGUUAAAGUUCCUCAGCAAAAUAACUUUACUGAUUGUGGCCUCUAUUUGUUGCAGUAUGUUGAGCACUUCUUUAAGGAUCCGAUUCGUGAUUAUCGGGUGCCGAUAAAACAACUUGCACAAUGGUUUGACACCUUGACUGUGACGCGGAAACGUGAAGACAUUUCGAAUUUACUGCAAAAGCUAAUGAACGAACGCAAUGGGCCAAAUAAUAAAAUUAUAUUGCCAGAAAUUCCGUUUCCAACGCUUAAUGGCCAGCUGGUCGAACCAGAGGGUUACAAUAUUGAAUUUGAAGAAGAAGAAAUGGAAGAUGAUGAUGAGGAGGAAAAUACCACAGGGGAUAUGGAUGAACUUUCCACAGAUGAUACCAGUAAAAGUAAGACACCUAUUAAAAUGCCGACCACAGCAACCACCGUUGCAGCUACUACAACUACGACAACUGCUGCUGCUUUAGUUCCAACACAAGGACGUAAAAUCGUCGUUAAACGACGAAUGCAAAUAGGCGGAAGCAAUGAUUUAAAUAGUUCCCAAGUAAAUGCUGCUGCUACCACUUGUGGAACACCACCGGCAACGUCGUCAACAGCGACGUCAAGUCACCAACGCACUAGUAGUAUGGCUAAAAUACGUAAAGUCGAGUCUUAAUAAACUCAAGGAUUUUUGUACGAUUUCAUCAUAAUUUCACGCACAUUCACACUGUGUGUUAAGCGUCAUUGUCGUCAUUAUCGUUUAAUAUUAAAUAUCAUCAUCUUCAUUUAUUUUGUUGUUACUACUCAACGUAUCUCCAUAGUUUUAAAUACUCUCUAAGCCUUGUUUCUUUAUUAUUAUUAUUUCCUAUUUUCUUUUUUUGUAUUAUCUCGUAGAUUGUAGGACUGAAUGAACGAAAAAGAUUAUUAAAACAAGAAGAAAUUUUUUCAAAAAAUUUA